UUUCUGGUUCUUCAAGUUUCUGGUGCUGGUUGGUAUAACUGUGGGAGCGUUCUUCAUUCCAGAUGGAGACUUUAAUACAGUGUGGUAUUACUUCGGCAUGGUGGGCUCCUUCAUCUUCAUCAUCAUCCAGCUCAUCCUACUGAUUGACUUUGCCCAUUCCUGGAACCAGUCCUGGCUCGAGAAGGCGGAGGAAGGAAACACCAAGUGCUGGUUUGCAGGUAUAAUACGACCAGAUCUUCAAGUGAUAGUUCUGUGGAGAAUUUUUCAUGCUGUUCCCCAUCACAGCAUCCGCUCGUCCAACAAUGCUCAAGUGAACAGACUGAUGCAGACUGAGGAAGGUCAGGGUCUGACCGCCAGCGAAGAGGCCCCUGAGGGGGAGGACGGAGUACGACGGGCUGUGGACAAUGAGGAAGAUGGAGUGACCUACAGCUACUCCUUCUUCCACUUCAGUCUCUUUCUGGCCUCGCUCUACAUCAUGAUGACGCUCACAAACUGGUACAAGCCUGACACUGACACCCACGCCAUGCAGACCAGCAUGCCAGCCGUCUGGGUGAAGAUCAGCUCCAGCUGGAUCGGCUUGGGCCUCUAUCUCUGGACUCUGGUGGCUCCGCUGGUGCUCCCUGACAGGGAUUUCAGCUAAAAGCCGCCAUCUGCACUUUUGCCAUUUGUACCUUAAGUAAAGAAAGCUUUUGCUUAAACUUGUUCUGCUUGGAUGUUGUACAAAAACAGAGCUUAAGAGCUUUAAUCACAUUCCAGUUUGCCACCUCAGGUAAUUUUUCCUCAUUCUCCACUGUUGCAAAUAUAAUUGAAAGCACUAUAUGCCUUUUAUAGGUCAUUACCAAAUGAAUGCUGAUUUCUAUGGGGAAUGGUGUUUCACUACAUUUACAUCAUACUUUUUUUAAUCAUUGACUCUGU